AUGGAUUCAAGCAAAUUGUACUCCUUGACUGACGUGUUGGUGGUCGCCAAGACACACCCUUUCUACUCUGAUGCCAAAUACCCACCAAAUGAUGAAGCUAUUCGCGUCGCUCGUGAGAAAGCUUCUGUUCAGAAUUCCCAGCCCAACUACAUAAGCAGAAGUUUGAUCAAGCCUCUCUUUAACCUUCUCACAUUGACACCCCGGGGCACGUCUUCAUUGACACCUGAAGAAGCUGAACUAAAAGCACGACCUUUACUUCACAAGCAAGAUCUGUACGAUGUAAUCGAGAGGCUAGUCAACGAUAUCAGCCCGGAAAACACAUACCGUCACAAUGUCUACACAAGUACUACCGGUGGCGGCAGCACUCUAUCGAGACCGCUGUUCUUCGCAACUGAUGCGAUGGAGAAUCGUCGCCAUAGAGCUUAUUUCGGAGAUUUCUUGAGCAAGACCGGUCUCAUUGAGCGUGGUGACUGGGUUGUCACGACCCAUUGCGGAGGCAGUCUCUACCGAUCACUAGACCUGACGCUGGAGACCAUGGAGAACGCUGGCGCUUCGGUUCUCGCGGCCGGGAGCUAUAGUAAGCCAGCCGAAACUGUCAGUUUACUGAAAGAGUUCAACGUGAACGUCCUUACGGGCGAUGGGAGCCAUAUCGUAUCAGUGGUCCAUUACAUCUCAACCUUGAAAGAGGACCGAGAUAAGAUCAAAUUGAACAAGAUCAUCUACACUUCCGAAGCACUCACUGUGGCGCAAAAGGCACACAUCUAUGAUGUUCUUGGCCCUGUCAAGAUCUGCUCGGUACUGGGUAGCGCAGAGGCUGGUCCGUAUGGAGUAAGUACACCGGAACUUACUCCUUCUGAACCAGACGCGACAUACAACGACUUUAUCAUCGACACCCGCAUGACACUGAUUGAGAUUCUGCCACUUGACUACGCAGAGAACAAAGAGAUCCCUGUUCCAGAGCUUCUCUCUGAAGGAGAGACAGGAGUGAUCGCGCAAACUGUACUAGCGCGUCUUCGCAACCCUGUCGUACGUUAUGUAACAGGCGACGUGGGAUCCCUCCAUCCUCUUCCUGAGGAAACCCGUUCCCAAAUUCCUCAAUCUGACCUACCCUACCUCCGCGUCCUCCGUCUACAUGGUCGCGACCGACGCUUCAGCUUCAUGUGGGAUGGAUUCGACACCCGCUUUGACAACCUAGCUACGUUGCUCUCUGAGGAACAGUACGGGGUUCUCCAGUGGCAGGUGAUUCUGAGCAAGAUGGAGCCAUCUCUAGAGGCCUUUCUAGAGAUUCGCCUCCUAUGCAAAGAAGACGAGACUUGUAGACAAGCUGCUCUGUCUCGAUUGAAUACUUUCCUCAAUAUUUAUCCUCCUAAUCAGCACAAGUUCAAGGUUACCUUCGUUGAGGGGCUGACUGGAUUUGAGUUGAGCAAGACGGGGCAGAAGGUGAUCAAGUUUAUCGAUCGGUCGGCGUAG